AUGAAACCAACCAUCGUUCUCGCCGCGGCAGGCACCCUUCUCGGUCUCACGAUGGCCGCGCCCAUCGAAACCUCCGAAACCAGCGAUAUUGAGCCCCGCGACGCGGCGGUCUAUGACCUCGCCAUCGGGGGUGGUCGCUUCAACAUGAACGACCUCCAGUCCUACAGCCUGUUCUACGCCAACAGCUCCGCCUACAUUGGCCAGAUCAAGUACCAGUCCUACUCGGAGCCGCUGAUCGUCUCUGGCGGCCGGAACGGCGUCGACACCCUCACCUUCCAGUCCAUCCACGCCAGCCCGACCGGCUGGCAGCAGAUGUACGUGGUGCCGCGACAGUCGCAGCCCGUGGGCUUCAGCACGCCGCACGGCUCGCCACCCGCGGGCGUCCGCACCAACGAGUUCAGCUUCAACUGGAACGGCGCGCUGCAGAACCACGGCCGCAACUUCUUCUACGCGUGCGAGGACAAUGCGGGCGCCCUCGCCGCCAUCCACAGCUGGCAGAUCUGGUGGAUUGCAGACGCCUUCCCGAGGAACUACACGUGUAGGGGUCCCCUGCACAUCCACAUCGCCGACGGCUGUGCCAGGGGCUUGUAG